UACUGCAGCAAACGAGUGACAUGCACUUCUAAAACCAUUAGCACCGUCAGACUGCCUGUCUCGCAUCUUGAAAUGUACGAAUCUCACCGAAUGUGCAACGUUCCACGGACCAUCAAUCAAGAGCAAGUCAAAUUACAAAAGAUUAAAGAAUUGACGAACAUAUUAAAGGACACAGACAAGAAUCUCACCAUAUGCGAAGAAAUACUGGCGACUUAUAUAGAAAAACGACUAAAGGAGAAAAGAGAAGAGAUACAAAAAAGGAACGACCUAGAGAACAGGAUGGCCGAAAUAUUGGAAAACCUGAAGACGCGAUUAUUGGUUGAAUAAUCAAUAAGGAAUUAAUUUCGGGAGUCGCGAAUAUGCAUAUAUUAUUCACGAUCUACGUAUUUACGUAUCGACGUGUUUAUCAUCACGUCCUGUGGGGUUUCGUAACGAAAUAAAAUUAUAAUGAUGCCAGCGCAGCGCUUAUUCGUCAAUCUCUAUCGAAGGAUCGAUAAUGUUCAUAUUCGAGUGUCUAUUACGCGCAAUAAUGAACCUUAAGCUCAUUCGCGAAUGAGAUUUUUUUAUUAAGUUUUUUUCUUCGUACAAAUGACAUCGGGAAUUAAAAUUUUCGAAAUUGCGUUGGUCUCACGCAAGAGGAGCUACUUGAGUCAGAAAAUAAAGCAAAAAGUCGAAAAACCUCCCCCUGAAAAUUGAAAAAUACCCCCCUUUCUCCCUUCUAAAUUUUUAUCAAUUUUUUUUUAACUGACUCAAAUAGCCUUCAUUACUCCCUACUGUAUCUACGUCCAGUGUCGCUCGCAAUUUACGCCUAUCGCUGUAUCCAUGCUAAUAAAGUUACAUUAUAUCAUA